UAGCUGUGGUUUAGACCAGGCUGAAUAGUGGCGGUCAAUUCUUCAGCCUUGCAAGAUGUUGAAUGGUGCAAUCCCAGCACAAGCUGCUAUGGCUUCUGCUGUAGCAUCGCUAUCAUCGCCUCCGGCGAUGGGCGUCAAAUGGUCCAAAUGAGAAGAGCUGGAGAAGCAGUACCAGGGUAAGCUGACUCAGCAGAUGAAUGGGCCUAUUUACGAGGUGCUGAGCCGCGUCAUGAAGGCAGUCGCUUCAAAGAAGAUCGUCGUGCCUGGCAAUUACCGAAGAACCACGGCCGUCUUCGCAUGCAGCCAGAGAAGAUCACAUUCAAGGCCAGCCGAAGUGGCAAGAUUGAACAGUUCAGCCCAGAUGGGCUUGAGUCAGUCAACUGGACGCGUGCGCCGAAGGGCUGGGAGCUGUCACUGGUCGCCAAGUCCGGCUCCUGCACUCGGCUACAGGGCUUCAAAGAGACCGAAAGCCAGCGGUUACAAGGCAAGAUUAGCAAAUGGUACAAGCUGCCGUGGAGCGUAGUGGAGCGGUCUGUUCGCGGCCUUAGCUAUGGGAAAACCGACUUUUGCGGCUCAUCGUUGAAGUUUGUCAUCGACGACAAGCCAUCGUUUGAGUUGCCACUGGAGAGUGUGUGCCAGACGUCCAUCACCAAGAACGAGGUACACUUGGAGUUCCAUCCGAACGACGAAGCGGACGUUCAGCUCUCUGAAAUGAGAUUCUACGUGCCACCGUCUCUCACGUCCGCUGUCGGUGAUGGCAUCGCCGACGACAAAGACGCAGCCAAGGAAUUCCACACCAAAAUCACGUCGCAUGCCGACAUUCUUCGUGUGUCUGGCGAUGCGCUCAUUACGUUUGACGAAAUGUCAUGCCUGGUGCCUCGUGGACGCUACACAGUGAAAGUAUACCCAGGGUUUCUCUUCCUGCAUGGCAAGUCGUACGACUUCACCGUUCCCUUUCAGUCCAUCGUGCGACUCUUCCUCUUGCCUCACAACGACAUGCGACAAAUGUACUUUGUGGUGGCUAUGGACCCUCCCAUGAGGCAGGGCCAGACGCGCUACCCUUUUCUGAUUCUCAUCCUCAACAAGGAAGAGUCGAUGGAAGCAGAGGUGGCAUUGUCAGAAGAAGAGCUGGAGAAGCAGUACCAGGGUAAGCUGACUCAGCAGAUGAAUGGGCCUAUUUACGAGGUGCUGAGCCGCGUCAUGAAGGCGGUCGCUUCAAAGAAGAUCGUCGUGCCUGGCAAUUACCGAAGUCAGCGCGGCGGGCAGUGCAUCAGCUGCAGCUACAAGGCCAACCAUGGCAUGCUAUUCUCGCUGGAGAAGGGCUUCAUCUUCGUGCACAAGCCCGCGCUGCACGUGCGCUUCGAUGAGGUGGUCGCCGUCAAUUUCUCGCGCGGCGGCACUGGAACUCAUCGGUCGUUUGACUUUGAGUUAGAAGUCAAGAAUAACAUUGUACACAUCUUCCAGAGUAUGGACAAAGAUGAGUACAGUCGCUUGUAUGACUUCUGCUCAGCCAAGAAGCUCAGGAUCCGCAAUAAGGGCGGCAAGUCGGGCAGUGCAACGUAUCGCGAUGACUUUGACGACGACGACAGUGACCAAGAUGCGUAUUUGGGGAAGGUGAAGGCGGAGGGUGCUUCCCGCAUGGACGAUACAGACUCUGAUGAUUCAUCGUAUGUUGCUGGCGGUAGCGGAGAGGAUAGUGCUGGUGAUUUGGAGUUUGAUUCUGAUGCUAUGUUGUCGAGUGAUGAGGAGAAUGCAGUCAAGACAAUCCCGGCUGUGGAUGAGAGCAAGAAGAGGAAGAAGGCACCAAGCAAGCCGAAGCAGCCAAAGGAGAAGGUAGAAAAAGCAGAAAAGAAAGAAAAGAAGGAACCGAAAGAAAAGAAGGAACGGAAAGAGAAGAAGGAAAAGCCAUCAGCCAGCUCUACGAGUGUGGCGAAAGCCAAGAAGAAGGAAGCACCGAUCUCGAAGGAGGAGAUCAGUGAUAGUGACAGUGGUGGUAGUGAUGUUGUCAUGGAGGAUGAGAGUGAUGAUGAUGGGGCACCGCCGGCAAAGAGGUCCACGCGCUCACGACGCGGACAGUCGAACGACGAGGAGCUAGCCCAGCUGCCGUCCGAAGGCUCGAAUGAUGAGGAAGAAGCCGAGCUAACGUCUGGAGCUAGUGACGUAGGCAGUGAUGAUGGUGAUGAAAGCGACUGAGCAGACUGAGCUAAGCUUGCGCGUGCGUGCGUGGGACCAUUGGUAGCCAUUUGCCGUGCGUAGACUCCCUGCUGUUUCCGUGCUUUGUGUGUUGUUGUCGCUGUGUGUCUUUGUGUGUGUGUGUGUGUGUGUGUGUGUGUGUGUGCGUGUGUGUGUGUGUGUGUGUGUGUGUGUGUGCGUGUGUGUGUGUGGUGUGUGUGCGUGUGUGUGCGUGUGCGUGUGUGUGUGUGUGUUUGUGUUGUGUGUAUGUGUGUGUGCGUGUGUGCGUGUGUGUGGUGUGUGUGUGCAUGUGCGUGUGUGUGUGUGUGUGUGUGUGUGUGUGUUGUGUGUGUAUGUGUGUGUGUGUGCGUGUGUGUGGUGUGUGUGUGUUGUGUGUGUAUCGGUGUGCGUUCAUUUUCAUGAAUGUGUUCAUUCACGUGUGGUGUUGUUAAAUUUGUUUUACUAUGUUGGCGUCUCGUUGUCUUUGUGUGGCUUUGAACUUUAAAUUACACUGCUGCAUGUUGAGCCGUACGUUGCAGUACAUCAGAUGUUCAUGUGCCAUGGAAUGUAGAUAUUGGACCCUGUAGUAAUUCCCACACUGUUGCUGACACCGAAAGUCAUACAGUUUUGUUGUACAUGUUACAAUACCCCAUAGCCUUCUCUGUUUCUGCCACUUCUUAUGCUACUUAGGCUUUCUCACACUUCUAUGACCUGGCCUGGUUGCCACGGUUUUUUUAAAGACUUGAAUUCCUUACUCUGAUUGAGCCUCUGUCUGUGAUUUGAUGCUCUUAUACACGCUUUGCUUUGCUUUGCUUGGCCAACUACUCGCUUCACUGUUUUUGUAUUCGGUGAAGAUUGCUUGUGUGUGGUUACGGCAGGGAGUAGGACAAUACUUCCUGGUUUACGGUGA